AGGUUGUAGUCUCUUUAAAUUUGUACAAGAGAAGACGUCGUCCGAGAUUCAAAACAAGAUCCUCGGCUGAAGUGUUUAUGCUUUAUUAAUUCAUUAUUCAAGAUGUCUGAGGUGCCAGUUGGACUUAAAAUAGACCAGGGAGAUGGAGCGAGAUUCAGGGCGUUAAAAAAUUCCCUAAACUACACCGUUGAAAGGUUAUUAGCUGGCUGGAAGUCCUCGUCCUUCGCCAAGUGUUUUCCAACUCUUGCAAGAGAAAAUGACGCAAUUAUGGAAGCCAUUCGUGUUUCAUUGGUGGAGACAGUGCGCAAGGCCAUAUAUGAUGACCUCGUUGCAAUCAUAGAUGAAGACGUUGCAGGCCCUUUGGAAGAGCUUGGUACACUCAUUAAGAACUACACUGGACCUAAGGACAUAGAAGCAUGGAGACCAUCGGGUGAUCCUACAAAGGAUAUGAUGGCACAUGAUGCAAAGGUUCUACAGCAUGAAAAACAGCGCCUUCUUGAAUCUGUGGGAAAUGCCAAGAAAAUUUCAGAGGCUGUGUUGCAGAAGGUCAAGUCCGGUCGCAAAAAGUGUCACAACAACCAUGUGGAGAUCCAGAAGCGUUUAACAGUCUUGAACGAGCUGGAAACUGUGUCCCGUGGACUGUCCAAAGAGAAUAUGGCCUCUGCAUCCCAUGAUAUAUUCUCUAAUAAUGUGUCUGAAGUAUCUGCGGAGGAAAGAGAAUCUUCCAGCAACUCUUUGUGAUAUGAAUCUUACACCUGAAUGAGUAUUUUUGUAGACUUCAGAAUUUCAUCAGCCUUCUCAUUUUUUAUGGCUAUAGCUAAAUUGUUACCUCCAUUUCAAGGUGAUCUGUGCCUUUUCCCAGUAAUUGAAACACAUAAAAAUAUAAGAGAGUUUGCUGAAGGUCUUUUUCAUCAGUGACACCCUGUACUGUAUAUACAAUCAUAAAUCAUGUACAGUAGUGAAAUAUUUCCAGUUUUCUGUUGUCAUAAAACUUGAAUCAUAAUGGUUAUGUCCCCUGCACCCUAUUACUUAAGACAAGGAGGUAUUUUCAUUGUUAUCUCUUAUGUAGUAAAGUCCUGGGGGUCUAGGCCACCCUUUUUCUAAAGAACAUUUUUGUGUAUUAAAAAGUAAUUACUAUUGACCUCAGAAUAUCUCCUAAUAUCAAUUGCUCAUGCCUUCAAAAUGACCUUGACAUUGGUUAUAUUAAAAAAAAUU